AGGUACCGCGUGCACAGACCUCUCGGCCGGAAUCUCCAGGGAUGACCAGCCCCUCUCCACGCAUCCAGAUAAUUUCCACCGACUCUGCGGUAGCUUCACCUCAGCGCAUUCAGUGCCACAGCCGAGUAUGUAGUCUCUGGUGCACAACUACGUGUGUGUGAGCAUUGCAGUAAGAGAGUGUGCAGCCCUCAGCAGCCACCACUAAAAGACAUGCAAGUACCACGACCAGGAUUACAGCCCUUGAUUGUGACAGACCAGCAGACAGGACAGAAAAUCCAGAUAGUCACCGCGGUGGACGCCUCCGGUUCCCCCAAGCAGCAGUUCAUCCUGACCAGCCCAGAUGGAGCUGGAACUGGCAAGGUGAUCCUGGCUUCUCCGGAGACCUCCAGUGCCAAGCAGCUCAUAUUCACCACCUCGGACAGCCUUGUCCCUGGCAGGAUCCAGAUUGUCACCGAUUCUGCUUCUGUGGAGCGUCUGCUGGGGAAGACUGAUGUCCAGCGACCCCAGGUGGUGGAGUACUGUGUGGUUUGCGGCGACAAAGCCUCUGGCCGUCACUAUGGGGCUGUCAGUUGUGAAGGCUGCAAAGGUUUCUUCAAAAGGAGCGUAAGGAAAAAUCUGACCUACAGUUGCCGGAGCAACCAAGACUGUAUUAUCAAUAAACACCAUCGGAACCGCUGUCAGUUUUGUCGGCUGAAAAAAUGCUUAGAGAUGGGCAUGAAAAUGGAAUCUGUGCAGAGUGAACGGAAGCCCUUCGAUGUGCAGCGGGAAAAACCAAGUAAUUGCGCUGCUUCCACAGAGAAGAUCUAUAUCCGGAAGGACCUGAGGAGCCCUCUGAUAGCCACGCCCACAUUUGUGGCAGACAAAGAUGGAGCAAGGCAAACAGGCCUUCUCGAUCCCGGGAUGCUCGUGAACAUCCAGCAGCCUUUGAUCCGUGAGGACGGCACGGUUCUUCUGGCCACGGACUCCAAGGCUGAAACAAGCCAGGGCGCUCUGGGUACUCUGGCAAACGUAGUCACCUCCCUUGCCAACCUAAGCGAGUCCCUUAACAAUGGCGAUACGUCGGAAAUACAGCCGGAGGACCAGUCUGCGAGUGAGAUCACGCGGGCAUUUGAUACCUUAGCUAAAGCACUUACUACCACAGACAGCUCCUCCCCGCCGAGCCUGGCUGACGGGCUGGACACGAGUGGUGGAGGAAGCAUCCACGUCAUCAGCAGAGACCAGUCCACACCCAUCAUUGAGGUGGAGGGCCCCCUCCUGUCGGACACUCAUGUCACGUUUAAGCUCACCAUGCCCAGCCCCAUGCCCGAGUACCUCAACGUGCACUACAUCUGCGAGUCCGCCUCCCGCCUGCUCUUCCUCUCCAUGCACUGGGCCAGGUCGAUCCCGGCCUUCCAGGCUCUUGGGCAGGACUGCAACACCAGCCUGGUGCGGGCCUGCUGGAAUGAGCUCUUCACCCUCGGCCUGGCCCAGUGUGCCCAGGUCAUGAGUCUCUCCACUAUCUUGGCGGCCAUCGUCAACCACCUGCAGAACAGCAUCCAGGAAGACAAACUUUCUGGUGACCGGAUAAAGCAAGUCAUGGAGCACAUCUGGAAGCUUCAGGAGUUCUGUAACAGUAUGGCCAAGCUGGAUAUUGACGGCUAUGAGUAUGCAUACCUUAAAGCUAUAGUUCUCUUUAGCCCGGAUCAUCCAGGUUUGACCAGCACAAGCCAGAUUGAAAAAUUCCAGGAAAAGGCACAGAUGGAGCUGCAAGACUAUGUACAGAAAACCUACUCCGAAGACACGUACCGGUUGGCUCGGAUCCUCGUCCGCCUGCCGGCACUCAGGCUGAUGAGCUCCAAUAUAACGGAAGAACUGUUUUUCACUGGUCUUAUCGGCAAUGUGUCCAUAGACAGCAUAAUCCCCUACAUCCUCAAGAUGGAGACCGCGGAGUACAACGGGCAGAUCACGGGAGCCAGUCUAUAGUGCCCGCCGGGGCCGCGCGCACUCGCUAAUGGUACUUGGUAUGUGCAAAUGUGUCCGAUGUGUUCGCCAUUACCUGCCUGGUUUCUUCUCUGUUAAUCCCAGAAAAUAGCAACUAAAAGACUAGUAGGAUCCUUUCCUGACGUAAGAAAUGUUUUAAUGCCUUUUGAUGAAGUAGCAGGUUUUGGAACAAUCUUUUAACUCAAUUUGUACUUAGAAAUUCUCAAAGGGCAGAAAAGGAAAACAGAAUUUUAUAAUAUCAGAGACUAGUAUUAAAACUAAAAAGAACCUAAGAGAACAGUAUGUGUGUAUAUAUAUUAAAAAUGUCCUUGGAAUUAAUAGCUACUAAUUACCAGGGUAAUGAUAUUAGCACUUUCUAAGCACUUCUUAUCGAUGGGAUGUUCACGGCGUCUUGCCUGUGGGCAGGGCAAACGGGAGACUGUCUUGUCGAAAUGCUAAUGAUC